ACAACUAAAAAUAACUAACUUGAGCCUAACUACGUAUUCAUAUCGUUGUAAACAAUCACGUAGUCUUUCUUUUCUUCCCUAGAAUGAGAUUCUUUCAAGAAUGAUAACACACCAGUUCAUCCAUGUUACUAACCUCCCUCAAACAAUCGUCAACUCAACACAACCUAUCAAAAGCAUUCAACACUUUCUCUCUUAUCCUACAACACACCCACAAUCACAAAACCGAUACAUUGCUACAAUCACUGGCUUCUCUCUUUGCAUGUUGCUCACAGAUCAACGCAAUCUCACAAGGUAAACAACUUCACGCAUUCGCAAUCUCUUCCGGCCUCUCAGCAUCCCCUGUUUUGGUCCCAAAAUUAGCCACAUUUUACUCUUUUUCCAAUCUUUUAAACGAUGCAUACAUUGUCACUGAAACUUCAAAUAUUUUGCACCCUUUACCUUGGAAUGUUGUUAUUUCUGGGUAUGUUAGAGCUGGGUGUCUGAAAGAUGGGUUGUUUGUGUAUAGGAAAAUGGUGGGUAAAGGGGUUAUACCUGAUAAGUUUACUUAUCCGUCUGUGCUUAAGGCUUGUGGUGAAGAUUUUGAUCUGGGUUUUGGGAGGGAGGUUCAUGAAUCCAUUGUGAAGGCGGGUUUGGAAGAGAAUUUGUUUGUGCGUAACGCCUUGGUGUUUAUGUAUGGGAAAUGUGGGGACUUGAAUGUCGCUCGCCAGUUGUUCGAUGAAAUGCCUGUGAGAGAUUGUGUUUCUUGGAAUUCGAUAAUAUCGGGGUAUGCGUGUAAGGGCAUGUGGAGGGAAGCGUUUGAGCUUUUUGAUCGUAUGCGGGAUGAGAACGUGGAAGUGAAUAUGAUAAUUUGGAAUACUGUUGCUGGAGGGUACUUGAAGACCCGUAACUACGUACGGGUGCUGAAGUUGAUUUCUCAAUUGAGGGCGUCUGGUGCUGAAUGGGAUCCGGUGGCUGUGAUUAAUGGGUUAGGUGCGUGUUCGCAUAUCGGUGUGCUGAAAAUAGGUAAAGAAGUUCAUGGUCAGGCUAUUCGAACUUGUUGUCAUGGAUAUGAUAAUGUUAGAAACGCAUUGAUAACAAUGUACGCAAGGUGUAAGGAUCUUAAACGUGCGUAUAUUGUAUUCAAUUUGGUUGAAAAUAAGAGUGUGAUCACUUGGAACUCUAUAAUAUCUGGUUUUGCACACUGCGACAAUGCAGAGGAAGCCACCUUUCUGUUUCGGGAAAUGUUAAAUUCUAAAACCGAACCCAAUUAUGUGACGAUAGCAAGCAUACUUCCUGUAUGCGCUCGAGUGGCAAAUCUACAACACGGUAAAGAAUUCCAUUGUUACAUUACAAAACAUGACGAGUUCAAAGAUUAUUUAUUACUGUUUAAUUCACUUAUCGACAUGUAUGCACGAUCCGGUAAAAUCUUGCUGGCUAAAAGACUGUUUGAUUCUUUAACCAAAAGAGAUGAAGUGACCUACACUUCACUCAUAGCUGGUUACGGAGUUCAAGGCGAGGGUCAAAUGGCUGUUGACUUAUUCGAAGAGAUGAUUCGGUCAAACAUAAAACCGGACCAUGUGACCAUGGUGGCGGUUCUGUCAGCUUGUAGUCAUUCGGCUCUAGUCAACCAAGGUCAAACUUUAUUCAAAAAGAUGUACAAUGUAUAUAACAUAAAACCUCGUUUGGAGCAUUUUUCUUGUAUGGUUGAUCUUUACGGGCGAGCUGGAUUAUUGCGUAAAGCAGAAGAAAUAAUAAGUACAAUGCCUUAUGACCCGACACCUGCCAUGUGGGCCACCAUUAUCGGAGCAUGUAGAAUUCACGGAAACAGAGAGUUGGGGGAACUUGCAGGUGAAAAACUGUUGGAAAUGAGACCUCGAAAUUCGGGAUAUUACAUAUUGAUGGCGAAUUUGUACGCGGAUUAUGGAUGUUGGGAAAAACUAGCGGAAGUUAGGCUUUUGAUGAGGGAAUUGGGUGUGAAUAAGGUUCCUGGUUGUGCUUGGUUAGAUGUAGGGUCUGGAUUUACCGAGUUUUUGGCGGCGGAUACUAGGAACAUUAAGGCGGUUGAGAUGUAUAAUUUGUUGGAUGGAAUGAGUGAACAACUGAAAGAAGCUGGUUACGUCAUGUCUUUUGAUAAAGAUGAACUUAUGGAGGCAUAGGCCAUUGAAUGAUGGUGAUCGUAUAUUGGAGUUGAAGAACCGAGCU